AUGCUCCUCUAUCGCAUGUUAUCGCUCUUCGCUGUGGCUGGGUUCGCGCUCGCCGCGAACCUUGCCGUCACAGGCUCUGUGUGCACCAUCACGCCCGGUACGAAUGUUACUGCCGACGAUACACCUUCAAUCCUAUCGGCGUUCCAGCAGUGCUCGUCGGAUGCGUCGAUCGUCAUUUCCGAAGGGACAUACAAUAUCAACCAGGUCAUGGAGACUACCGGGCUCAAAAACGUCACGAUAGAUCUUCAAGGCACGCUCUUGUGGAGCACGGAUAUAUCGUAUUGGAGGGCCAACGGCCUUCCGCUCAACUACCUGAAUAUGACCAGUGCAUGGGUACUUGGCGGAGAGGACAUUACGUUUGAUGGACAUGGGUACGGGACACUCAACGGAAACGGCCAGGUCUGGUACGACUUCUCGAACGGUGUCGGCAAUCUCGCCGGACGCCCUAUCUCGCUCAUCAUUGCCAACACAACGAACAGCGUCUUCACCGGCAUCCAAUUCGUACAGAGCCAGUUUUGGACAAUGGCGAUCACGCAGUCGGACAGCCUCCUCCUGACCGACAUCUACGUCAACAGCACCUCCAACGACGGCACAUCCACGGAGAAUACCGAUGGCGUGGACACCUUCUUCAGCAACAACAUCACCUUCCGACGGUGGUCGGUCACGAAUGGCGAUGAUUCCAUCAGCACGAAGGCCAACUCGACCAACAUCCUCAUCCAGGACUGUGAGUUCUUUAACGGGAACGGCUUCGCGGCUGGGUCGAUUGGACAGUACAACGACACGUUCGAGUUCAUCGAAAAUGUCACAAUGGAGCGCGUGGUCGCGUACAACACGCUCUGGGCGGGAUACAUCAAGAGCUGGACGGGCACUGUCGAAGGGUACCCGCCUAAUGGCGGCGGCGGCGGAAUCGGGUAUGCAAAGAACAUCACCUUCCGCGACAUAACGGUCCACAAUCUCACAGGCGGCAUCACCGAGAUCACCCAAUGCGUAUCUUAUAACGGUGACACCUCGGGCUGCGACACGUCUACGUUCCAGGUCUCCAACUAUACCAUUGAAGAUAUUCGCGGCACGAUCUACGGCGGCUCGCUCGCGAACUUGUACUGCUCCGUCGCCGCGCCAUGUCCUGGGAUCAGCCUCGAUUUCACAAACGUGGGUACGAAUGGGACGAGAAACCUGACGUGUAGUAAUGUCGUGGGCGCAGACUUUGAGUGUACGGGGCCGGCAGGGUAUUCACCUUACUAA